AAGCUGGGUGUGGGCAGGGAUUUGGUGGGCAAAACCAUGAGGGGGGCACACCCCAGAGUGAGGUGAGGCUAAAAUGAAGGGAGGCAGAAUAUGGAUUAGAGAUUCCGUGAGCUCUAGAGGAAUCCUCUGUCCUCUGAGACUUGUCCUCCUAGCCUCAAGACUCUCCAAAGAAGUUAAAAAUAAUCCACUUCUGUACCUACAGCCCUCUUGACCAUCCUCAGGCUUUCUGCUCCACCUGGGCUACUGCUUGCCCACCUCCCAGCAUUCCUCUUAAACCUAGAAGGAUCCUGGUUUCAGGGUAUAUUCAGUGCAUCUGGCUUUGUGGUGAAGUUAGCAACCCCCUUGUUUGCCCUCAAACAGGAACCAGUGGUUGAGGAGCAGGAAGAGCCUGAGGGGAAGUUAUAGGCCUCAGACACUCCUCCUUGCCCCACUUCUCCACAGCAAACAAAUAGGGUCUCCCUCACUGAGUGCCAACAACUGGGGGCACGGGACUCCCUCCUCUCUACUUUUCUAUCAGUCCCCACACUCACCUUAACCAUGACUCUCUCCCUCUAUCAGCCUCUCUCCAUCACCUACAACUAUCCAGUGCUGGAGAGGCCCCUCCUGCAGACAGAAGGGGGAGGGAAGGAAGGCGACUCUGGAACUGGAUAGAUCUGAUCUUGAACUCCAGUUGUUGCACUUCUAGGCUGGUCCUUAUUCAAGUCUGGGCUUGAGUCUCAGGCUAGGAAAGGAUUACUGUCAUAACUUACGCUGUUAUGAGGGUUAGCAGUGACAAGUCUAAGGUGUCCAGUGCAGGCAUAGAUGAGGCUCCUCCGCUAAGGGGAGGCUUGUAAUAGAGGACCCCAUGCUUCACAGAUGAGGAACUUGAGGCACAUGAUUAGCCCAGGCCAUUAAGCCUAGCAGAACAGCUACUAGGCUUCUUGACCUCCAGAGCCAGUUCUCAUUCCCAGACCAUGUCAGAUUGCAACAGUCAAUGGCAGUUGAACAUGGACCAUCAACCACUCUUUUGGGGCUUGGGGCUGGGAGGGCUUCUGCUUCUCCUUGUGAUCAUUGUGUCCAUCUGCUUGUGUCGGCUCCAUCGGAGAGUGAAGAGGCUGGAGAAGAGCCAGGCCCAGCUCCCAGAGCAGGAGCCCCACUAUGCAUCUCUUCAGAGAUUGCCAGUGUCCAGCAGUGACCACGUCGAUGGAGAAGGGGAAGGCAUAAAGGAGGACCCCAGCACCGACUAUGCCUGCAUUGCCAAGAACAGAUCCACCUGAGCACCCCAAAUAACUCCCUCACCCCAGGAAGGUCGGCAAGGCCAUCCUGUGGUUCUUCCAGUAAAGGUCUCAUGACUUCUAUGUCUCAGACUUCUCAGUCCAU